GGAGGGUAAGGGCAGGAUGCGGCAGCACACGACACGACAGCCGACAAGUCGCAAAAUCACACGCAGCGCAUUGUGGAAACCACUUUUAUCAAUUCAACGAUACAAUUGCAGAAAGCGACUGUAUUUGAACGGAAUCAGGACCACAGGACUUAUCAUUGCAGCAGGAUACAGAAACGAUGAACCCAUUCAAGGACGCGAGUAUCAACAUGGACUCUGUCAACCAGAGUCUCAAGGGGCUGACGUCGUCGAUUUCGCCCUUUGCGCGACGAACCGGACGACUUAUCCAGGAGCGACUGGGCAAUGCUGAUGAGAUUACCGAGCUUCCUCAGGAAUACGUCGAGCUCGAGAAGCGCGUCGAUGCGCUCAAGGCCGUCCACACCAAGCUGUUGGCUGUUACUUCCCAAUAUGGCCACGAGGGCUACGACUACCCCCCCAAUCUCAGAGAAUCCGUCAUCGAUCUCUCGCGCACCGUGCAGGAGCGCGUCCAGACGCUCGCGCAGGCCUCCUCAGCGGCUGAGGCCCAGGCCGCGCUGACCUCCUCGACCAGCAAGUCUGCGCCCAAGACCUUUGCGCACGCCAUCUCGCGCGCCGCUCUCGCUGCCUCGCACCAGCUCCCCUUGACCGAUCCGUUCGGCGUCGCGCUCGAGAAAUACGCGGUCGCCGAGGAGCGCGUGGGCGAGGCGCAGCUGGCGCAGGACGCGCUCAUCAGCUCGCGCUUCAACGCCUCGUUCACGACGACGCUCAACACGAGCCUCAAGUUCGCCGACCGCGCGCGCAGAAAAGUGACCAACGCGCGUUUGUCGCUCGACGCCGCCAAGACCGCGGCCCGGAACGCAAAGCCCGAGAAGCAGGACGCGGCGCGCGUCGAGGUCGAGCAGGCCGAGGACGAGUUCGUGGCCGCGACCGAGGAGGCCGUCAGCGUGAUGAAGAACGUGCUCGACACGCCCGAGCCGCUGCGCAACCUGACCGAUCUGAUUGCGGCCCAGCUCGCGUUCCACAAGGCCGCCUAUGAGAUGCUGAGCGAGCUCGCGCCCGAGAUCGACCAGCUGCAAGUCGAGCAGGAGGCCAAGUACCGGGAGACGACUCAGUAAGCGCUCGGCGGUAGUUGUUUUCUAGUUUUUUAUUUUCUUUCCAGUUGUUCUUUUGUUUUGUGACGUAGUAAUGAGUGAUAAAGAAUAUCAUUCUUAUGUUCUCUUUAUCGUUUGUUGACCUCUAUCGUUACCACCCCUCCACUCAGCCAGCCACGUACACGACAUGAGCUAUUGGCCUUGCAGUCUUUAUGCGUAUAUAUACGGUUUA